AUGGAAAAUAAUGAAAAAAUUGAUAGUUGCAGGAUGUAUGGGCUCGAAUUAACUCCUGCACUUGAAUUUGAUAACUAUGAAGGAGGUGUAAAAAUGACAAAAAAAAUAAAUAUAAAAAAUACAACUAAAAAUAUAAUACGAUUUCGAUUUAUUUUUCAAAGUAGCGAAUAUUUUAUUUACCCAUUACAAGAAGUAGAAAACAUUAGUCCAGGUCUAAACAAAUGGUAUCCAAUAAGUUUUUUAAAUCCUUUAAACGAUUUUAAAAUAAUAUCUGAAACAUUAAAUAUAUUAAUAGAUGAUAAAGAUAAAGAUAAAAAAAUAUCUAUAAAAUUAACAGCGACACCAUUAAAAUCUGAUGUAAUUCUACCAUCUAUUUUAAAUUUUAAUGAAAUGGUUAUAAAACAAAAGACUAAUGAAGAACUAAUAACAAAAAAUGAUGGUUCAUUAUAUGCAAUAGUUAAAUUGUUUCAUAAAAAUGCAUCAAAAGAUAAGAAACUUAAAAUUAAACUAGAACCCUCAUAUUUUAUUUUAAAGCCUAAUGAAAAAAAAACAGUGCAUUUAACAAUAUAUUCGGAGGUUCCUCAGACAUAUAAAGAAAUUAUAUCAUGCUCUAUUAUUGAAAUUCCGAAACAAUUUGAAAAAAAAUAUAAAUACUUUCAAGAUAUUGAUAAGACAAAUGGAAAUAUUAACCCAGAUGAAAAUGAAGAAAAAUGCAUAAAUUACAUUAUUCAAUCAUUAAACCAAGAAAAUUUCCAAGUCGCUUUAAUAAAAAAAAAAUCACAAAUUAACUGGGUUUCUGUAUUACCACAAAUACUUAUUUUAUGUGAUAAAAAUAAAGAAAUUUUUAAUAAAAGUAUAAUUAACUUUGGAAAAGUAACCUUAGGACAAAAAGUUACUAAAACCAUAGUUUUGAAAAAUCUCACAAAUGCCCCGAUUAGAAUUACCGCUAAAAAGCAAAAAGAAAAUAAAAUUUUUACUUUCUUAAACGAAAAGUUUAUAUUGAAGGAACAGGAAAAUGUUGUAUUAAUUGUAGAUGGGUAUAACCCAGUUAACCAGUACAGUGAAAUAAUUCAAUUUAAAGCAUGUAGCGAUUAUUGCAUUGAGCUUUUUUUAAUAUGUGAAAUUAUAAAUAUACAAUUAAAAUUCAGUAAAAUGCUUUAUAUUUUUGAAAAUGUAAAAUUAGGGGAUAAUAUUCAUGAAAAAAUAACUAUAAGAAAUGAUGAAAAUACAGAUCUUAACGUUGAAGUUUUAAAUUCAGGAAAUUUUAUACAUAUAAAAAAUACAAAAAUUAUUGUAAAAAAAAACAGUUUUUAUUCAUUAAAUUUAGAAUGUAAUUGUAUAUAUCCUAUAAAUAUACACAAAAGAAUAUAUUUUUUAGUUCAUCUAAAUAAACAAAUUUUUUAUAUAGAUGUUAUUUGCAACUUUUCUGUAAAUUACAAAAUGUGUCCCCUUUCGAUACAUCAUAUAUAUAGAUAUAAAAGUUUAAUAUAUGAUAAAAAGGGAACAUAUGAUGCAUAUUAUGAACAAAAUGAAUAUAUAGACAUUUGGGAUUUCCCAGUCGAAUUUCAUUCAUACCAAGAUACACCAUACGAAAUAUUGGAUGAAAUAAUUGGCAUAAAUGAAAAAGAUGUAUUUGCAGUUCCAAAUGAACUCGAAAUUUCAAAAUUCGAGGAAAAAUGUUUAACAAUUAUAAACAAAACACCAAUCGAAUAUACAUGCGUGUGGCUAAAUUCGCUGGACUCCAACAAAAUUGCACAGAGUAUUUUUUCAAUAACACCUAUAGAAGCACAACUCCCCCCUUUUGGUUGUCAAACAUUUAAAGUUAAAAAUGUAAAGGCUUCAAAAGAAAAGUAUAUUAGAGAAAUAUACGAAUGCUGUGUCUUUCCAUCCAAUAACAAAGAUUAUACAAAAUGUAACAGCCGAACAUUAUUAGCCCCCUUAUUUUUGUAUGUUACAUUUUUCCAAUUCAAGACAAAAUAUUUAUGUGAAACCGAAAAUAUAAUAGAUAAUUUAUCUGUAUUUCCAAAAAAUAUACCCUUUUUAAAUAUAAUUGAGGAAGAAAAUUCUUAUGCGGUUGCUAAAUUUGAAAAUAAUACUGACACCGUACAAAUAAUUGAUUUCACUCCGUUUAAAAAUGACAUUGACGGAAUAAGAGUAUAUCCGCAGAUCAAUUAUGUCCCUAAAAAAAACUUUUUAAAUGUUAUUAUUUUUUUUUCUCCAAAAAAAAUGGAAAUGAAUCAGUCAGAAAUAAAAAUUUAUUAUUUAGUAAAUGGGAUUAAAAAAAAAUAUAUAUCAAUUUUUGUGUCUCAUGAGAUAAAUAAUGUGAUAUUAAACAAGGGAAAUUCGGAUAUAAAUUUACCUUGUGUGAGCACCGAAACGGAAAGCUCUAAAAACGUUUCAAUCGAAAAUAUGACUGAGAGGAACGCUUUAUGCUUAUUAAUUAAAGAAGAGUCUAAAAGUAUUGAUAUUCAUAUAGAUGAAAAAAAAGAAUAUUCCAAAUUUUUAGAAAAUGAAAAUGAUUUUCAAAAUGAAGACACAGAUGAAAAUAAUGAAAUAAGUUCAUUUAUCAAUGAAGAAAAUAAAUAUAAGUUUUACUUUUUUUCCUUGGCACCAUUUGAAAAGAAAAGUAUCCAGGUUUCAGCUUUUUGUAAAUAUAGUAUAAACGAAUCUAUAUCCCUAUUAUUCACUUAUUUAUUAUAUAUAAAUGAUGCAGAUAUGAAAAACAAAUUUACAUAUUUAAAAAAAAACAUGAAAGAUUAUAUAAACAAAAAUUGUAAAAAAUUUACAAUCAAUGCUACCAUAAUAAAAUCAUCUCUCUUGUUGUAUCCAAAAAUAAUUGAAAGCAAACCAAUAAUACCCGGAAAGCAGUUUAAUGCCAAAAUCAGAGUAAAAAAUGAGCAUCCUGUUAAAAUACAUUUUAAAACAAAAACAGAGAUUUUCCAAAUAGACAACAAACACGUUUUUGAUGAGGAAGAAAUUAAAGAUGCAGAAAAGAACAUAAUCACAAAAACGACUGAAAAUGUAAUAAAUGCGUGCUCCGAUAAAUAUUUUUAUGUUAGCUUUAAUAGUAGCCGAAAGGGGAUAUUUGUCUAUCGAUUUUUUGCCAUCGUAGGAGGUAAAUCCAGCGUUGAUAUAAUUAUAAAUGUGGUUAUGCCAUAUUUUCAAAUUAUUGAUAUAAGUGAUCUUAAAACACCAACAUCUGUUUUCUGGAACAUGGCCUCCAUAGAUAAAAUUAACACAUACUUAAAAGAUCCAUUUUCACAAAUAGAAAUGGAAUACAGAAAAGACCAGAAGAUAGAAAAUAUGAAAAAACUAUUUAAUCACUUUAAUUAUAUACAGUUUAAUAUUGGAAAUAAUUUAUUAGAUGAAACAACUUCUGUAGAUUUAAUUUUAUAUAACCCUUUAGAGAUUCCUAUAAACAUCCAAAUAAAUACUAUUAAACAUUAUAUUCUUCCUAUUUUACCCCCGUAUGCCAAAGACCAAGAAUAUCAGCUAGGGAAAAUUUUAUACAUAGACAAUAUGUUUCGAAAUUCUAUGAGAUGCUUGGAUAGUCUUAAGAUAAAUCCUAUACAAUUUACAAUAAAAGAAAAAGGAACACAAACAAUUAACUUAUUAUAUAAGCAUAAAUAUAUUGGUUUUCAUAAUAUGCCAUUAAUAAUUGAAGUAGAAAAUGGAAAGAUUGUUCCAUUGAAUUUGUGUUCUUUAACAUAUCAUCCGCAUAUCCCUCCAAUUUAUUUUAUGAAUUUUAAAGAUUUGAAGGAAUGUACGUUCCCUUUAAAUAAUGAAUGCAUUACAAAUGUAGAUCUAUUCAAUGAUAGUGAAUUAGACAUCUUUUAUGAUAUAGAGCCAACUAAAAAUUUUACAGUUUUAAACCCAAAAGGAGUUAUUAAAAGAAAAAAAUCCACCUCUCUUUUAAUAUUGAUUUCACAAUUAUCUCCAUCAAUAAUUAAAGAAAAUUUAAUAAUAAAAUCCCACUUUAAGCAUUUACAAAAAGAAAUAGAAAUGGAUAAAAUACAAAUGGAACUUAGAAUAAAUAAUACAUCACAAAAAAUAUACAAAUAUGAGUAUAAAAAUAUUAAUAUAUUUAAUAAUAAAUGUAUUAAUAACAUUGCCGAUCAAAAUAUCAAGACCUUCUGUUCAAAUUUUAUACCUCCAUAUUCAUAUAUAUAUAUGAAAAAUAAUUUAUUUUAUGUUGCGCCAAGUUCAAUAACCAUAUUAUGUGCCCCGAAAAAAUCCUUAAUAGAAAGAAUCGUUAUAAUAAAGAAUUAUUCAUACACUGAAGACUUAAAAUUUAAAAUAAUCAAUAAAAAUGCAUUCCCAAGGGGCAUUUUAAAGAUAUAUCCUCAAAAAGACAUAGAAGGAAAUAUUCAAAUUGAAUUAAAAUAUAUAGAAAGCUGUCCUAUUGUGAACAAAGAAAACAGUUGCAUAAAACCAAUUAUAGAUGAUAAAUUGGAAACAGAAAUUGAAGAAGUAUAUGAGGAUACACGAGAAACCAUGAAAUCAAAAAAUAUGAAUGAUAAAAUUUGUUCAGUAUCAAAAAGGAAUAAGCACAAAAAAUUUGAUGAUAUAACUUUUUCAUAUGCCCAAAAAAUAAUUGAAAAUAUUCAAACCCUAAAAUAUGCACAUGAUAACAUUAACAGCAGCAUGCUUCAAAAUGCAAUAAGGGCCUUGUACGGAGUAGACAAUGAAGACAAUGAUGGAAAAGAAAAUAUCCCAGAAAUAAUUAACGAGGGAGCCAAACAAUUUUCCAAAUUUUAUUUUUAUAUUCAUAUUAAGAUAUUUACAUGCAAUUUUGAAGAUAUAACUAAAGAAGAUAAUAUCUUUGAGAACUUAAUUAAAACCAACAUUUACCCACAGAUAUUGUAUUUUAAAAAAUACAUUAACUUACCCAUUACAUUGGAGGAUACAUCAAAAAGUUAUUUUAAAAGAAAAUAUCCCGAUUUUGAUAAAUUAGAAGAUUUAAGUUUUCAAAAUCGAAAAGAAAAGAGAAUUCAAUACAAGGACAAAAUUAUCUAUGACAAAAAGGAUAUUUGCUGUAACAUGUUUUCGGAAAUGUUUAAAAGUAUAAUUGAAAAUUAUAUUAGUAAAUGCACUAAGCAACUUUUAAAUAUAAGUGCAUCCUCAAUACAGACAAUGGAUGAGAUAUUAAGUGAAAAUUUAAUUGAUAUAAUAAAAGAUAACAAAAAGACGGAUUUAAAUUCUCGAAUAGAGCAGGAUUAUUCAUUUUUGAAGCCAACAAUUUUGUCUCAUUUUUUUUCCCACAUGUUUUCUGAUGUUAUUAAUAAUUUUAUAAACGAAGAAGUUAAGUUUACUAAAAAACUAUAUUGGUAA